AUGUCUUCCUCCACUGCUCUCCUUCCCAAAGACCGCAAGAACAAUGAUCAUGUAAGCCUCCGUCUCGCUCUUCUCUCCUGCUGGUCAUGACAUCGAUAUCAACAUCAGCAUCGUCUGCUAACCAUCUCGUCGUACCAGCCCAUCUUCCUCCGUGUCUGCCAUUCCCCAUGGGUCAGCAUUGACCAGAAGUCGUUGCUCGCUCUCCGUUUCGUUACCGCCGUUUACUUGAGCUUCAGCUUUGUCAUGGUCCAGGACUUUGAGCACAAUCAACAAAAGCGUGGUUGGUUGUCUGUCUUUGAUUUCGGCAACAUUGCAUACUUCUUGCAGGUUCUAUACCACUGGAUGGCAUUUGUAAGUAAUUUCUGCCUCUUUUGAUUCCUCCCUUCGUUGGGCAGCUUGCUAACGUUAGAGGCAGAGCUGGACUUUCAUGCACCUCCACUAUCCUCACCACGGUAGCCAAGAGCGAUCAGCCUCCACUCUGAUGCAGAAGUUCUUCUCGCCCCCACGUCAACGCAACAACUCCACCUGCGGCAACAAUCGUGUAUGGUUCAGCGUCUUCUACUAUGCUGUCCACAGUUUCCCACAUGUCGUUACACUGAUCCAAUGGUCUGUUUUGUAUCCACGAAAUCACACCCAGGUUCCUGGUAGGUUCCACGCCUCUGGUUAGAUAACUUUGGUUUUCUGACUUGCUUCACAGCUGAUGAGGUAUUCGGUCACGGAUGGUUGGUCAAGUUCUUUGUCUUCAACAAGUUCGCCGUCAACUCCGCCAUUGCCUUGAUUGAGGUCUUCUUCUUCAGCAGCAUCAAGCGUGCCGACGUAAGUAUACCUUGUUCUCUUCUGAGAUGAAAGCUAAAAGCUAACUCGAGCAGUCCGUCUGGGCUCACAUUUUCGGUAUCACAUUCUUGUCUUCGGCCUACGUCGGUUGGUCAUAUACCGGAUAUGCCGCCACUGGUAAAUUCGCCUACUACUUCUUCGAUCACAACAAGGUUGGAUGGGAUGAUGCUUCCGCUGCCGUCAUGGCUUUCAUCGCCUCGGCCAACUCUGGUGAGCCAAUUGAGAUUUCGCAUGUACAUUCAACUUUUACUAACGGUACUAGCAUUCGUCUUUGUCUACGGCCUCACGUCUUUCCGUGAGAAGCUCACCACGCAGUCUGAGCAAAAGAGCUACGGAUACACUUCUCUCCCUCAAUAAGGAGUGACUGUGCUCCAAGUUGCUCGUCUCCGGGUGCUUUUGUCGCGUAAACAAAAUGCAUUGGAGCUGUCGUGGUCGACUGAGAAGAUACGUGGGAUUGAUACUUUCGUUUAUUGCUGGGUGGUUAUGGUUUCA